AGCUUACUUAUGUGCUCCAGUUCCCAUAAUCCAGUUGUUUUCUAUCCAAACAAUGCUUUGGAAGAGUCAGAUUCCCUUUAAACUGUAGGAUUUAGUCAGCAACCUGGAGUCAACCACUUUCUUAGAGUUGGAAAUGUAUGUGUUUUGCUGUCCAGUCAGAACUGACUUAUAGCAACCCUAAUAGGGCUUUCAAGGGUAACAGGCUGAUAAAUGUUCAAAAAGGCAACACUGUUGCAACAUUUCUGUUGGUUCGGAUCCUUCCAUCCCCUCUUUAGCAAGCAGAAGCUAAGCAGGUUUCCAAGAUUACAAACUGAGGUUCCCAAUGUUGCAUCUCCAGGAAAUGCAAAAAGCCAGUGGUAUACCUGCAGAGGUAGUUGCAGCUGUUGAUGUGAAUACUGUGGCUAACGAAGUUUACUCACACAACUUCCAUGCCACACCACUGUGGCCAAAGACGAUUGAGGGAAUAUCACUGAAGGAGUUUGAUGCUUUAUCUUUUGAUAUGAUUUUGAUGAGUCCUCCUUGUCAGCCUUUUACAAGAAUUGGUCGGCAAGGAGACAUUUCUGACCCCAGAACCCGAAGUUUUCUCUACAUUCUCGAGCUCCUUCCAAGGCUCACAAAACUACCUAAAUAUUUACUUCUAGAAAAUGUCAAAGGCUUUGAAUCAUCUUCUGCCAGAGAUGAACUUAUACAGACCUUGGAAAAGUGUGGAUUUACAUAUCAAGAAUUUCUGUUGUCUCCAACUUGUCUUGGCAUUCCAAAUUCAAGACUGAGGUACUUCCUGAUUGCAAGGCUCCAAUCAGAAUCUUUUACCUUUCACGUAGCAGGCAAGAUAUUGACAGACUUCCCAAGCCAAGAUCCAGUAGAUUUAAAGAAGUCUGGAUGUUUGACAGAACACAGCUGCUUGGUGCCAACCCAAAAGUCUCCCUCUAGUUCUGAUGAUGAUGAUUGCCAACGAUGCUCACAGAAGGGAGACUUCCUGUUUAAGCUUGAGACGCUGGAAGAACAGGAAAGGAAACGGCAACGGGACAACGAUCUGUCUGUGCAAAUGCUAAAAAGUUUCCUUCAAGAUGAUGUAGAAGGCCUAAAUCAGUACUUUGUGCAGCCGAAGUCUUUGUUGCGUUACGCAUUCCUUCUAGACAUUGUUACACCCACUUGCAGGAGAUCAACAUGCUUCACAAAAGGGUAUGGGCACUACAUAGAAGGAACUGGCUCAGUGUUGCAGACAGCAGAGGAUAUUCAGCUUGAAUCUGUAUUUGAAUCUUUUGAGGGUUUGCCUGAAGAUGAGAAGCUGAAGAAGCUGUUGAUGCUUAAACUGCGUUAUUUCACGCCAAAAGAAAUAGCAAAUUUGCAUGGAUUUCCUCCUGAAUUUUGUUUUCCUGAUAACAUAACGACAAAACAGCGAUACCGACUGCUUGGAAACAGCCUCAAUAUAAACAUAGUUGCUAAACUGGUCUCAAUCCUAGUUGCAUAAUUCUGGAUGAGAGGCUGAUCUAGGAAAUCAGAAGAUGGGUUCCGUCUUUAGAAGUGGAAUAAAACUGAUCACUGUGAUGUAUCUAUGUGGCUGCUAAUGUGUGACAUCCAUGACAUAUGUUUCUCAGAAUAUGCUUCAUCAUAAUGGGACUGCCUUUGAAUUUCUGGGAAUAGCAGGUGGUGUUGAUAACGGCAGCAUCUGCUACUGAAAAAGUCUACCUUGUGCCAGAAAUGUAAGCAUAUGUAAUCAUGGGCACUUCUGAACUCCAGUACAAAGUUUAAUGUUGUAUUUAUAAAUAAAU